AUGGUGGCCCAGAAGUAUAAUCCGUUGACGGGCCCGUUCAGUUAACCCGUCAACGGGGCCGGUAAAAAUCGUUAGCGGGUGGGGCCUACCCCGGGGUCGGCCGUUAUGAAAACGGCAUAGUUACUUAAUCAUAGAUAUCUAUGACUGAAUCAAUAGAGAUAGAGAAAAUGACUUCCAAUAGUAGAGUAGAUGACCUAAUAAAGGAGUAUUUUAAGUCUGAAAGAACAUACAUGCUUAUUCUUCAGCGUUUAAAAGAAGUUCAUGGUGUUAAAAGAAGUUUGAUUUGGUUAAAACUUCGACUAAAGUAUCUUGGUUUAAAAAGACGUGGUGGAUAUGCUAGUGAUGACACAGUUAGAAGUGCAAUUGCCAGAGAAUUACGUUCUUCACCACAAUUAUUUGGAUAUCGAGCUAUGUGGAGACACAUUUCUAUUAAAUAUAAACUACAUGUGAAACGGUAAGUUAUUAGUUAUGUGAAAACUCAU